AUGGCAUCUCCCCUCCUCCGCUUCCUCGCUCAGGCCCGCUCCGCCGCACUUCGCCCAACAACUUCACCAACUUAUUACACACUCGUCUUGGGCAAUCCAUCAUGCGACCUCGACAGCUUUAUCUCCGCCACCAUCUACUCGUUUUUUCAUAGCCACUACGCAAGGAGGUCGCCAUCACCACAACCAUGUCUCCACAUUCCGGUCCUCAAUCUUCCCUCCACAUCAUCAGCUGAGCUGUGGCGUCUCCGGCCAGAAUUUGGAACUGCGUUGCGACUUGCUUUGCAUGGCCACAACCAGGGUGGUAAUGCUCAGGAUGAUAGGGUAGAGGCAGAAGUGAACAAGAGCUUACUGGAAAAUCUCGUCACUAUUUCGGAUAUCCGCUCGUGUGCCUCAUCCCCCUUGAAUUAUGUCUUCUCCAAAGCAACCACCACAACCCAGUCCGCGUCGGAAGGCAAAAUUCAGGUCUUGCUGGUUGAUCACAACGCCCUCUCAAUCCCCCUCCCAGAUAUCUCAUCCUCAGAAUUAUCCUCCAGACUAGACGUGGUAGGAUGCAUAGACCACCACAUCGACGAAUCGUCUGUCCCUCCAUCCGCAUCUCCACGCAUCAUCAGAACCGGGAUCGGAAGCUGCACUACCCUCGUCGUGCAAUACCUGAAGGAUGAGGGGUUUUGGGGUGAUCUGUUGAACCCUGCUGCUACAACCCGCAAAGAAGAGGACAGCGGCCCAGCGACCGGGGAGUUAGCAAAGCUUUCUCUAGCGGCCAUACUAAUCGACACGGCGAAUCUGAGAGCCGAGGGGAAAGUCUCGGAUCUGGAUCGGAAGGUUGUAGGCUUCCUUGAGGAGAUCAUCACCAACAGCUCCUCCUCUUCACAACACGAAACCCACCCAACAACUCGCGAAAAAGCAGCGAAAUGGGACCGAAAAUCCUUCUACGAGCAGAUCUCCGCAACCAGGGCAGACUCCCUCUCCCUCCUCUCCCUCCCCGAGAUCUUCAACAGGGACUACAAAGCUUGGUCCGAGAAGCGCACCGAAACCAGUCCAAACAGCGUGGAACCAUCGACAAUGCAUCUCGGCAUGGCAAGCACAGUCAAGCCUGUCUCGUGGCUGAUCAGCAAAGCCGACGGAUCAUCUGUGGUGAAUUUCGUGCGCGCGAUGCGAGAUUUCGCAACGCGUCAAGACCCGGCGCUGGACCUGUUCGCUCUCAUGACCGUGCCUGCAGAUGCCGAGGCUGGCUUCCAGCGCGAAUUACUCCUCCUGGAUACGGGGCGGACCGAGGCAUCGAGGAGGGCGGUGCAGAAGUUUCACGAGAUGGCGGGUGAGGAAUUGGGGCUGGAGGAUUGGGAGGACGAUCAGGCGUUGGCGCGUGCGCUUGGCCGGGAGGAGGAGGAGGAGGAGGAGGAGGAGGAGGGCGCAGGGGAGGAUAAAGGGGAUGAUAACGGUGAUGGUGGUCGUGGUGGUGCUCUAAAGGGGAGGAUAUGGUGGCAGCGCAAUGUAAUCAAGAGUCGGAAACAGGUCGCGCCGCUGCUGCGGGAGGCGAUGAGGAGUGUGUGA